AUGCUGAUCGCCGUCGUGGUGACGUUCGCCGCGUGCAACCUGCCGCUGCACGCGCGCAAGAUGUGGCAGCUGUCGGCGUCGUCGUCGUACGACGGCCAGUCGGCGUUCAGCGCCGUCUUCACGCCGCUCACCUUCCUGGCGACGUACCUGAACGCGGCCAUCGACCCGCUGCUGUACGCCUUCAUGUCGCGCAACUUCCGGCGCGGCGCGCGCGAGCUGCUGUGCGGUGGCUCGGCGGGGUCCGGGGCGCGCCGCCACCUGCGCUCGCUGUCGCUGCUGCAGCGGCGCGGCUCCUCCCGCUCCACGGCCAACUCCAGCCUCACCAACAGCGGCUGA